AUGGAAAUUAAAAUAAAUUGUUUACAACUAAAUCAAUUAAAUAAUAUUCAUAAUAAAGAAAUUAUUAAUCUUUCUAUUAUCAAUAAUAUAACAAAAGUUGAAAUGUAUAAUUGUGAUAUUAUUGAUAAUAUAGAAAUGAAAGAUGGAAUUGUUGUUUAUGUUAUUAAACAAGGAAAUGAAAGUGAAUGGUUUUUUUCAACACGAAAAGGAAAAUUUGAAGUAUCAGAAGAAUUAGGAUAUAAAAGAACAAUUUUAGUUUCUAUAGAUUAUCAUCGUAGAGUUAAUGAUAUAAAAGAAAUUUAUCAAGAAAUUAAAGAAAUAGGAAAUAUGUUAAGAUAUGUAGAAUAUAAAGGAGAUAUUAAAAUAAUGAUAGAUGAAACAGGAAUAGGUAAAAGAGAAAUAUUAUUUGAAGGAGAAAGUAAAAUUAAUGGAAUAAUUUGGGUUGAAGAAACAUUAAAAGAAGAAAAUAAAGGAAAAUAUUCAAGAAAACUUAUGUUUGAAGGAGAAAGAAGUUUAGUUCAAUCAGAAGGAAUUGUUAUUAAUAAAGAAAUUGAUAUUGUAGAAAGUAUUAAAGAAGUACAGUAUUUUAAAGGAAUUGUUU